UUUCUCUCCCAGUAAUAUAACAUUUUACCUAUAUUUGAAGUUUACCUUGCCUGCCAAAAACAUGUCAAGCUGUCGUAGACCCGAACACAUGGCACCGCCAGAGGUGUUUUAUAACGAAGAAGAGGCCAAAAAGUACUCUCAAAAUUCUCGCAUGAUUGAGAUUCAGAGUCAGAUGUCAGAGAGAGCGGUGGAGUUGCUGAACUUGCCUGAAGACCAGCCCUGUUUUCUUUUGGACGUGGGCUGUGGCUCUGGUUUAAGUGGAGAUUACUUAUCUGAAGAGGGUCAUGUAUGGGUCGGGAUGGACAUCAGCACCGCCAUGUUAGAUGUAGCACUGGAGAGAGAAGUAGAAGGAGACCUUAUACUGGGAGACAUGGGUCAAGGCAUGCCUUUCAGACCUGGAUCAUUUGAUGGUUGCAUCAGUAUCUCAGCGCUGCAGUGGCUCUGUAAUGCCGACAAGAAGUCCCACAGUCCCCCAAAGAGACUCUACACCUUUUUCAGCACACUGUAUUCCUCUUUGGCCAGAGGAGCCCGUGCAGUCUUUCAGAUUUAUCCAGAAAACUCUGAACAGCUGGAGCUGAUCACAGCUCAGGCCAUGAAAGCUGGCUUCACAGGAGGUAUGGUCGUGGAUUACCCGAACAGCAGCAAAGCUAAAAAAUUCUUCCUCUGUCUGUUUGCUGGUGUUUCAGGAGUCCUGCCUAAGGGACUGGGUUCAGAGACUGUUGACAGAGGUGUUUCAAAUCAAGCCCAGUUCACAGGACAAAGGUCCCGUUUUAAAAACAUGAAAGGAAAGUCAGUGAAGAAGAGUAAGGACUGGAUCAUGGAGAAGAAGGAAAGGAGGCGACGGCAGGGCAAGGAUGUGAGGGCAGACACAAAGUACACAGGCCGACAGAGAAGACCCCGUUUCUGAAUACCGCUGCGGUCUCAUGCGUUGCCGUUGGUGGAUUUCCGACAUAGAGGAUGGAGUUGGAAAUUAAGAUGGACUACCUGAAGUGCUUUGUUCAAAAACCAUGACUGUACUCUGAUCACAGGCCUGCUUGUGUCAGUCUGUUGGCAUUUUCCAGACGUUUCAUGACACCGUCCAGGAACAAGUGAUCUCCAUUAUAGACAAACAAUGAACAGAAUAGUAGUUGCCAGCUGGUUAAGGUGAAAAUCCAGUUCACAUUGUUACCUGUGGAAAAACACAGAUAAUUUGUCGUAAUAUCUUGAUUUUGAAAAGGAUGC